UGUGUCUUCUCGAUAUCUCAUACUGUCAAAGAUACAACAUCUUCCGGUUACCAACCAAGCCAUGUAUCUAAGUUUCAGGGCGCCUUGAAAGAAGCUACAUCGAAGCGAAAUGGGUGAUCCGAAUCAUUUCUACGCAUCAGAACGACUCUGCCAUAACCAUGAAUGCGGCUACUCUCAGAUGGACCAACGCAAACCGCGGACGUUGCUCUUGGACGAUGGUCUUCGUAUGCGUGUGCGUGAAUCAAUGUUGUGUCUACGGCUUGCCAGCACACGUUCAAGCCCAACUUUCCUCCGCCGAUCACCAUCAGCUUGGAAGUGUAUAGCGCAGGAUACAAGGUAUACAGUGUACAUGGAUGUUGUCCAAUGGUCAUUAGAAUGUGAAGAGCUUUGGACCCUCCGAGGACGAGUCAGGGGUUUUGCAGGGUUCGGUGGAAUUCCUGCGCUCCAGUGCUUGUGACCAGCUGGAAGUAUAAUACCUGGUUUUCAAGUACGGUUGUAUCUUUUGAAAUCCUGUUGAGAGUGAAUAUUGCAGUGCGAGAACAAUCAAUAGAACGAUUCAUAUGGAGAGCUUCCCCGUAUGUUGCAUCUGGACUCGAGCGGAUUAAUUUAGUUUUAUCGCA